GUGGUGGGCUGCGGGAACUCGGAGCUGAGCGAGCAGAUGUACGACGUGGGAAUGUGCGAGGACAUCGUGAACAUCGACAUCAGUGAUGCAGUGAUCCGUCAGAUGCAAGAGCGGAGUGGGAGCAAGAGGCCAAAGAUGAGCUACCUGCUGAUGGACAUGCUUCAGAUGGACUUCCCUGAUGCCCACUUCCAGGUUGUCCUGGACAAAGGCACGCUGGAUGCCAUCCUCACUGAUGAAGAGGAAGCCACUCUGGCCAAGGUGGACAAGAUGUUUGCUGAGAUCAGCCGAGUCUUGCAAGUUGGAGGGCGUUACCUCUGCAUCUCCUUGGCACAAGCCCACGUGCUGAAGAAAGCAGUAGAAUACUUCUCCCAGGAAGGCUGGGUUGUGCGUGUCCAUCAGGUGGCUGGCAGUGGGGACAAGCAACAGUUUGUCCUACCAGUCUUCAUCUACGUUAUGACAAAGUUCAGGAAAAUCCCUGGCUCGGCACCACAGAUCCUGGAGAUCUGCCCUGAGGAGCAGGACAAGCCGAUGCGGGUGGAGAGUGCGGAGCGGCUGGUGGCAGCGGUGAAGGACAGGCAGCAUUACGCCCUGCUCUGCAGCCAGCUGAGCAAAACCCCCUGCAGGGAGCAGGUUUCCCUGGAUCUGUGCAACAAAGAGAGCGGGAGGCCUCGCUACACACUCCAUGUGGUUGACAGCCCCUCAGUGAAACCUUCACGGGACAAUCACUUCGCCAUCUUCAUCAUCCCGCAGGGCAGAGAAACCGAGUGGCUCUUUGGGACGGAGGAAGGGCGGAGGCAGCUUGCCGCCAGCGCAGGCUUUGGGCGCCUGGUCACUGUGGCCCUGCACAGGGAGCAGCACUAUGAGGGCAUGGCAGGCAUCCAGGCGGAGCUGUCGGGGAAGGUGAUGGAACUGGCCCCGCCGGGCCUCCCUGCCCGGCAGCAGGUGCCCUUCCUGUCCGUGGGAGGGGACAUCGGGGUGCGGACGGUGCGGCACUGCAACACCAGCCCCCUGAGUGGGGACUAUGUUGUGGAAGACGUGAAGGGGGAUGGCACCUGCUACUUCCGACGCCUCAUCUUCCUCCGCAACAGGAACGUGGUACAGUCAGAGGUUCGGCUCCUGGCCUCCACACCUCUCCCAGGCCAGAAGAAACGGAGGAAGGACAAGAAGAAACCCAGCUCUGCUGAGCCACCUGCAGCCAUCGACAAGAGCUACCUGUGCUGCGAGCACCACAAGGCCAUGGUUGCGGGGCUCUGCCUGCUGGGGGACCCCAACCCCCUCCCAGGUGACAAGGCCGGCAGUGGGAGGCUGUGCCGGGGGAAGGCAUGUGUCCCCAUCCCCAUCCCCCACGUGGCCAUCCUGGUGAUCGAUGCCUCCAUGCUGGAGGUGGCCACACGCUGGUUCGGCUUCUCCCAGGGUGACCGGAUGCGGGUGCACAUCUCCGAUGGCCUGGACUAUGUGGCCAAGCUGGCGGCUGAAGCCCCAGCCCAGUAUGAUGCCAUCAUGUUCGAUGUGGACAGCAAAGACCUCACGGUGGGGAUGAGCUGCCCACCCCCAGCCUUUGUGGAAAAGCCCUUUCUGCAGAAAGUUAAAACCAUCCUCAAGCCAGAAGGAGUCUUCGUGCUCAACUUGGUGUGCCGUGAUGCCCAGCUGAAGGAAUCUGUCCUGGCCACCCUCAGGGAGGUCUUUCCGCUGCUCUAUGUGCGCCACAUUGAAGGGGAAGUCAACGAGAUCCUGUUCUGCCAGCCCAGCCCCAAGGGCCGGCGGGACCCCACAGAGCUGGGGGCACGUGCCCGGGUGCUGGAGGGGGUCCUGCGGGAGCCUGGACGCCCUUGGGACAACUCGUAUGUGCUGGCAGACAUGCUGCAGGCUGUCAAGAUCCUCUGA